GUGUUAUUUUUGCAAGACUACUCAUAGUGGACAGUGCUAAGACACGUAACAGGGUGUACAAUAGAUCAACUGGUCUACACUAAUGGAUCAAAAAAGCAAUGGGUUUUGAAUACUACUUGUUUUGGAGGUUUAAUAGUCUGAAGAAUUUAUAUUGCUUGGAAGUACUUCACGAAGCAAGUUAGUAAGAGGCAGGUAAAUGCUAAUGACCAAAGAGUGUAAGUCGCUUCUCACCAUUUCUUGUUUAAGCUCCCUUCUACCUUGCUCACUCAAAGCUAUACUAACCAGCGCUGUGUAUAACGUGCGAUGGAUUUCGAGAUAGUAAGAUCUUCUGUGCUGAAAUUGGUUCAAGAAUCAAAAAGUAAAGGAAACUUUUCCCUUAACCGUUUGGCUGAACAUGUAUAUUCUAUGUUACAAUCCGAGUUAUUGGUCAGAUGUUAUGAUAUUGUAAACAUUGUUAAUCGUCCUUCUAUUUUGGACGAGUUGGACAAUUAUAUACCUUAUGCAAACAUCAAUGAAGUUCAAACAGGUUUGCCUCCAUUUUCAAUGGAUCAACUUAAAAAAAGAAUCACUGGCUUACAUUUACCGUACGGUACAGGUAUAUUCACUAUCCAGUUGCCUGAUUAUCAACCUCGAUUUGGAUAUCGAAGGUCAGGUAUUGUUCUUCGACAAGCAGUCAUUAAAGGGGAAGUAGAAAAUUUAUUUGUUUCAGGAGUAGAACAUGGUAGUCCAGCAAGCAAUGCAAUGGAUUUGCAUAUGGGAGAUCGUAUAUAUUCAAUAUCAGGUUACCCAUUAGACUGGCAUACAUUAGAACAACUAAGAUACAAGCUAAUUGAACUGGAUGGAUUGGCACCAAAUUCAAAUAUUUACGAUUUAGCAAACUAUCUACUUAAUAGGCCUUAUCAGAACACUGGGAUUUCCCGCGAUCAUAAUUAUAAUAGAAAUAGUAGUGUUUAUAAAGUUCCUAGCGAACAAACUAGUUUAACAGAUUUUAAACCACCAGUUCUUGUCAUUUUUCGUUAUCCAAAGUCAAAUUCAUUGUGGUCCAAUCAAAUAGCUAAUAACGAGACAAAUGAAUUACCAACGGCAGAGAAUAACAGUUUAUUCAGUUGUUAUGAAACAGUUCUUGAAAAUGAAGGUAAUGACAAUGGGCUUGGUCUACAGAUAGGAUCCAAUCAAGAUAAUACAGGAAUUCACAUUGUAUCUAUAUUCAAAAAUAGUCAAGCUGAAAGAGAUGGUGUUUUAAGAGAAGGUGAUCGUGUAAUUGAGGUGAAUUAUCAGAAUCUUGAGGGAUUAGAAAGUAAACAAGCUUUGAAAAAAAUUAAAAGUAUAUGUCGUAACACUAAAUAUGUACAAAUUAAAUGUUCAAGAAAUAAUCAAACUAAUAAUAUUAAUAAUCAUUUGAUAUCACCUUGUGAUGAUAAAAAAGAACAGCUUGAAGACAAUAAUCUACAUGAUCCUAUAUUGAAUAAUGAAGAUGUUAAUAAUAUUAGUAUUGAUGUGAAAAGUGUUUUAACUCGGACACAAUCACCGACAAUGAAUAAUUCAGAUACAUCUAUAUAUGAUUCUCAAGAUGAUUCUGUCUUGUUUUAUAAUUGUAAAUUCAAUCAACCUGAUGAAGAAUGUAUGAAUGAGACGGAUAGUAAUGAUAAAAGUUUGUUGAAAAAGUGGUUAGAUGUAUUCAAUCCUGAUGUUGAAUUAUUGUUAGUAUAUUAUGACAUCAAAAAUUCAAAUUGUGGUUUGGGUAUUGGAGUCGGGGAUACUGUAGAAGAUGACGAAAUAUUUGGUGAAAAUCAACAUCGUCAUUAUAUAAUGGAAAUUAAUCCUGAAGGACCUAUUGGCAAAGAUGGAACCUUAUCUAUUGGAGAUGAGUUACUUGAAAUUAAUAAUGUUGUUAUCGUUAACAAAGAUCAUUUAGAGAUCUCCAGUAUUUUUCCUACUAUUCCUUCUGAAGGAUAUUUAAUAUGUGCUCGUUAUCCAAAUAAAUCUCGAAUUGAUAUCAAAGUAGAGAGUGUAAAUGAUGAAUUAGCCAGUGUUGUUUUCUUCACUCAAACUCUAAGUGAUGGUGAGAUUCUUGAAGACGAUUUCAAUGAGCAGAUUUCGGAUAAUAAUCUUUUCGAUGAAACCAAUUCAGGAAUUAAAAAUAACAUAGCCUUAGCACCACCGAACAAUGAAGAAGGAAUUGAUCAACAUUCUGGAUCUGAUAUUGAUGAAAGUCGAUAUCCAAUAAAACUAUUGACGAUUUCUAAUUCUGCUCUGCAGAAUAAAAGUUCCAGUCUUGAAUUCCAAAGUGAAGAUAUUCAAACUGAUAAAAUGAUAAACGAAGAUAUUAAACCAGAAAUUGAUAAGAAUAACCUAAUAAUGAGUGAUCAGAAACCUAUCGAAUCGACACUAAUAAGUUCACUACAACGUCUACCAAUGGCUGUUAAAUUAGUGAAAUCCAUGGAAAAAUUACCGUCUCAAGUGUCCGGUUCAAUUUCUGAAAAUAAUAAUCCAGACCAUACUAAUCUGAUUCAAUCGAAUGAAAUAACCAAUCGAAAUGAUGAUAAUGAUGUGUUAACUGUUAAAGUUUUGAAAAAAGCCGGUGAAAUACUUGGUUUAGAACUGGAAUUAGAAAGUGGAGAUGAAAGAGGUAUAAAACUUGCACAUAUUACUCCUGGAAGUCCAGUAGAUCGUUUGAAAUAUUGGAAUAAAUACAAAUCUAUGGAUUAUAUUCAAACUGAUUCAGACUAUUCAAAACUUUCAGAUACUUCUUGUAUAAAUGGUGAUCAUUUACGCAUUCCUACUGCUGGUGAUCGAAUUCUAAGUGUAUCAGAUUACAGUUUUCAAAAUAUGUCAGCUUUUACAGCAUUAAGAUUAUUAAGAAAAUUGAUUUCUUAUUCUGGUUUUAUAAAAUCUUAGUUUAAGACGGAGAAAAUUGAUGGAAGUCUUAAGAAGAGUACAUAUAUGGGAAAGGAGCAUGAACAGGACAGUACUUGAACUGUAACAGUUUUUGUCCCAUCAGUUACGAAAGAUGUCUAGUCAAAACGCUCUUCGAUUGAUUUAGAAUGUUAUACUCAAAUGGCAAAAUAAAUGAAGAAUUGGCUAUUCUGGAGAAGCAACUCAUAAAAAAUGAAUACCUGAGGAAAUGCAUUACGAAAUAUGGAAAAGAACAUCUCAAGGAUGAUAAACCAUCGAUUGUUAGCAAGAGGCCCGUUUUUUAUGUGCCUUCCGAUCAAGAGGGAGCUGAGAUUUCAAGAAAAAUCGAUGGAGGAGUCACGGCGGCACUGAAAAAAGCUUCAUUGCUGUUCAUUUGGCUUCACUAUACAAUACCAAGUGUUUUCCGUACCACUCAAAGGUAGAUCAAUACCCUUCUGAGAUCACUUAUUACAUUUAUGAAUUCACAUGUACCUGCAGUGGCAAGCACAUAGAGAGGACAGAGAGAAAGGUCUCCAAAACGAACUAGAGUCUUUACAAUUGGAAUCACCAGAUGUCUAGAUAGUGGACACGAGUGAAUGUAAGAGAUGCAUUCAAAAUAAUCAACAGACAAAAUACACCAAUCUCAUUCCGUUGUGCAGAGGCAAUCGCUAUCCAAGGUUACCGAAUUGACUUAUGUGUACAAAAGGGAAGUUUGAUUAGCCUUUCUCUGUCAUGGUGAUUGGAUACUUGUCUGAUAAUCUUUGUUAAUCUCAAAACAGUUUUUCAACUGUCCCCCAAACUUUUAUUAUUCUUUCGUCUUCUGAUAUUCAUCUCUUACAUAAUAUGACUGAUGGUCACAUACUUGCCUAUUUUGUCAUAUAGAGAGAUUAUCCAAUCACUCGUUAAUUUCAUUACUUUUACAUAACCUCGUAAUUAAUACUUCCCAACAUAUAAAUACACAUCGAUCUUGACUUUGUUUAUUCAUACUUCUGAUUAUGAUUUUGGCUAAUCUUCGAACAGUUAUCUAAACUUCACAAACUAAAGUAUGCUAAACAUUUGUUAAUAAUUAUAUUUUUAUUAUUAAUUGUAAUUUAAG